AUGACGUUUGACACAAAGCUAACGUGGAAAAGCCACAUUGCUAAAAUAGCAGAACGAGUCCCCAAUAGACUGAAUGUACUCAAGCGUCUUGCUGGCAGCAAGAUGUUUAUUCAGCCAAUAAUGUUGUAUUGCUGUGAGCCACUCAUUACAGCCACAGAGGUGACUCUCAAACCCCUCGAGAAGGCACACAACCAAGCAUUACGACUAAUUACUGGAGUGAUAAAAUCAACACCCAUUGAUGCAAUGAUCCUAGUUACAGGAAGCACUACAAUAUGUUCCCUUAUCAAAGAAAAGGCCUUGAUCCUGUAUGAGAAGCUACUGCGCAUUUCCACG